UGCAAUUUGCAGGUUUUAGAUUUUCCACAAUCCAAAGAGUGCCAAUAAAAUAACCAGGCACAGAAACACCGACGUCGUCUUUACGCACACACACCCUUUCUUUAUCUCUCUCUCUUUCUCUCUCUCCAAAUUCAAGGCGCCAUGACUAGCCCUUCAGCUUCGUCUCGCAAGGCUCUGAGCAAGAUCGCUGCCAAUCGGCUGCAGAAGGAGCUGAUGGAAUGGCAGGUGAAUCCCCCCGCCGGAUUUAAGCACAAAGUCACUGAUAAUCUCCAAAGAUGGGUAAUUGAAGUCACCGGAGCUCCGGGGACUUUGUAUGCCAACGAGACAUAUCAGCUACAGGUUGAUUUCCCUGAACAUUACCCUAUGGAAGCCCCUCAGGUUAUUUUUAUCCCUCCAGCUCCGCUCCAUCCUCACAUUUAUAGCAAUGGACAUAUCUGUUUAGAUAUCCUGUAUGACUCUUGGUCCCCUGCUAUGACUGUUAGUUCCAUUUGCAUCAGCAUUCUGUCCAUGUUAUCGAGCUCAACUGUAAAGCAACGCCCAGCAGACAACGAUCGUUAUGUGAAGAACUGCAAGAAUGGGAGGUCGCCCAAGGAGACUCGAUGGUGGUUCCACGACGACAAAGUCUAGGAACGCUAGUCGGGAUUGCUGCACAAUCCCAGCAACGCCUCCCCUCCGUGUGGCGGGCGUGUUGGUGGUUGAGAUUGAUACGCCUUUUAUCCCCCAGCCAACCGGUGUUGGGACUUUGAACAAAAACUUCUUAAAAAAAGUCGCCGUAAGGUGAUUUAUAUUGGGUGUACUUCUGUAUAGUGUUAACCAGACUGGUGUUAAUGUACUCAUCUUCAUUUGCCAUUUAAGUUUUUGUUCUCUCUUUCUCUCUGCCUUAAGGUUUUCUCCUCAUCAAGAAGAUGUAUUCAUUAA